UGUCCGUGACAGCCACGUCAUCCGUUCCGGCCGUCAGUGACGGACGGACGUGUCUCGAAACCCUUGCAGCCUUGUUGAUAGAAUAAAUGCAAAGUGACAUUUUCCCUGCCUGACUUCAGGCUUCAGGUGAUUUGAGAAGAUGUACGAACGUCAAGCGCGCGCACGCGCCGUUCGACGCCGCCUCACAGCUGAUGCGCGGUGACGUCACUAAACAAAGCCAUGCGCGCUCGACGGAGCGCGAGACCGAGAGCGGAACAGAGCGAAGUUGUCCGGCGAAGGGAACGGAACCACGCAGUGACGGCGGACACGGCAAGGUGCGCCUCGGCUCCACGGUUACGCGAAUCGAGUCCCGUCGUCGCUUUCCCAGUCUUCGCGCGUCCUCAGGAUGCCGUUCAUAUCCAAGGACUGGCGUAGCCCAGGCGAGGAAUGGGUAAAGACGGUCGAGGGUUGGGAGAAGAAGAAGAUCCUCGAGUGCGCCAACAACAAAACCCUCUCGCUUCUUCUGCGCAGCGAGAAAGAUGCCGGCGAUAAGAAAGAGAAAGAUAAGAAGAAAGAAAAUGCCGUCCAACCACAUUGUCACAUCACACUGAAGUGCACACGCGAGAUCGCCGGCUUCAAUGGCCUGAGUGAUGCCUUGAAGAGGCUGGAUUUCCUAUCCGCGGUUCACGAUUGCCGUCGUUUUAAUUACAUCGUCCGUCUUCUGGAUCUUCUGGUCAGUCAUAGAAUGGGUGGUCUCAGUGGAUGCGCUCAGAGAGUACUCUUCAACAUGCUCGAAGAAGUAGCCCUGGAAGUGUCACUGUCGCAACAACAUACGGGAAGACUACGACGUCUUAUAGAGAGAGUUCGGGCAUUCAGCGCCGGUUGUUGCUGGGGAGGCAGGCCUCUAGGUUCCGUCCUCCUAUGGGAGAAGCAUAAGGCAGCUCUGGAGAGAAUUCUGCAGAUUGCCUCAUCUAUUACUAUCACUCAGCCGGACGAACAACAACAACCUCAAUGGUCAGAUUUGCCGCCCGAGUGCCGGCGGGAGGUCCUCCUACGCCUGAGCGAUCCGCGAGAUAUCGAAGCCUCGUCUGAAGCCUGCGAACAUCUCGCUGUUUUGGCGCAGGAGCAAAGAAUCUGGCGCGAGCUCGCCCAGUAUCAUUUUACGCCGCAACAGAUCGCUACCACCACACAAAACAAUCCUGGAAAAGACUGGAAGACUAUAUUCACUAUUGCCCGAAGAUCGUUUGGAUUGCGGGAAGAAUACGCCGAAAUGAUACAAUUAUGCCGCAAUUGUCGUUGCUUGUUUUGGCGAUCGCUGGGUCAUCCCUGUAUUGCGGAUCAGGAUCCAGCAUUUCAAGAAAAGCUAGCGGACGUCGAUCAGGCGUCUCUCCACGUACCGAUUCCUCCGCAGACCUUCCUGAAAUUCUUUUCGCUGUGAAAGCUUUUACGAUACAAUUGUAUUGUAAGAAUGUAUGUGCAAAAAGAGCGAGAACGAUGACAUAAUCGCUAUUGCGAACGCUUGAGAGAAAGAGAAAGAUAUUCUAAUGUUAUCUUCUGAGAAAUAUAUUUAACUCGAGAUAUUCUCAAUACAUGAUUAGAUUUCGCGAUACAAUUGUAUUGUAAGAAUGUAUGUGCAAAAAGAGCGAGAACGAUGAUGUAAUCGCUAUUGCGAACGCUUGAGAGAAAGAGAGAGAUUCUAAUGUUAUCUUCUGAGAAAUAUAUUUAACUCGAGAUACUCUUAAUACAUGGUAUAUGGGUCCGAAAGAUAGAGAUCGAUAGGAAUAUGUUCUUUGAGAAAUUUGAUAUUGAUCUUGCUUUAACAAAUAUCUUUAACUGGAGGCCUAUACUUUUGUCUGAAUUCUUCAUGAAUAUUUGAAGAUGAAUAAACCGCCCAGAGCCAGAAAAAUACAAAUACUACUCAAUAUACAGAUAUCUUUUAAAGUUUACUUGCUUCAUAAUUUUUGAUUUAUUUAGAUUUUUGUUAAAGGAAAAUCGAUCCUACGCUUUCUCUCUGGUUGCAUAAGUAAUGUUUUCUAUUACUGAUUUCCAUUUUCACGAGCUCAUUUUUAUAUCUAGAUCGAGUGAUUGGUAUUUUCUGGUCAAUGGAAUCUCCAGUGUAAUACAAGAUUUCCAAUCUGCUUUUCUUUGCUUCAAGAUUCCUAUGAUGUGGAUAUGCAGAUCAUCAGUGUGGAUAUUUUAAGAACGAUAAGGGAAGGUUUUUCCAUUAUCCUUCGAAUUACGGUUGUAGAAAAUAGACACUAGUCGUAUAAUGUUGUUUGUGGUAAGAAAAAAAAGUCAUGUGCUGUUUAAGAAAAUCGCAGGAUUUUAUCGAUUUACGCUGAUAAGCUUUCGGUGUUCGAAGCGGAUAAGCGACUAUGUGUAAUUUUGCGGUAGCACUCUUUGAGAUCCACUGGUUUUCACUGAUAAUAUCAGCGAAUAAUCAAUCUACAGUAUCAACUUGUCUUUAUCGAUUUAAACGAUAUUUGUUAUGCUAACAAAAUAUAUCUCGAAGCAUAUACGUCUGAUAUUUUGCAGAGCAAAAGAGACUUUCUUGAUUCUAACACAAAGUGUUGGAAUAAGCUCAAUUCUAAUUAAAAUAGAAAUUUAAUUUUCUUACA